GCUCGGCGCUUAAAAGGGACCGAAACCAAGGGACAGGCCUCAUCGUCAUCAAGAUCCUGCUUCAGUUAGGAUCCCCCCGGAAAAAUCCGGUUUUUUCAAGGAAAAAAGUUUGCAGAAGUUUGGAGGAGACACCGGCUUCGCUUUUUUUCGCUCUUCUCUCGAUUUCAAAAGUUUUUUUCGCCAAAUUCUGUUGGAUUCUGCCAAGGAUUCCACACGACCCUCAACAUGCUCAGCGGCACGACUCUCUUCAACUUGUUUCUGGCUCUACUCGUGAUUGCCCUGCGGGAUUCCAGCUGCCACGGCUAUCAGAUGGUGGCUGCCUACCCUCUGAGCUCGAGCUUUGACGAACGCCAGCUCCACCGACGAGACCUCGCGAACAAGCACGAAGAGAGCGCGGCAGGAUACCCGAAGCUCACCUCGGAUCUCUUCGGAUCCAACUCGGAAGAAUCUUCAGACAGGAACCGACUGCAGGAAGAAAACGACUCAUCUCUAUCAUCUGACGAGGCUGCAUCCAUGCUGGAAUUUCCCUUCAGCCACCCUUCACAGCUCGUCAAGAGGAGGAAGGGUCCCACUCUCUCAGUCGUCAAUCCCUUGGAAAUUCUUCGCCAACGCUUGAUGCUGGACCUGGCCCGAAGAAGAAUCCACGAAAACCAGCAGCAAAUCGUGGCCAACGCCCAGCUCCUGGAGAACAUCGGCAAACGCAGCUCGUCCAACGUCCUCAGGCAAUCCGAGGAGGUGGGCCUCUUGAGGGACGGCAACUACCAGGCCUAAAGCACACCCGAAGCUUGGAGCUGUUGGGAACCAAAGGCGAUCCGCUUGCGUUCGAAGCAUCACUCCAAGACCUUAGUGCUCCAUACCCACUGAAAACUCACACCUAUAUAAUAAAAAUAUUAAUUUAUUUUAUUUAAUUGUAUUUUGAAAAAGUUUUUCCCCUUUCCUUCAAGAUCCAUGGUGCGACAAAAAAAAUCAACUAAAUAAAUUAGAGAAAUAAUCUGUGUGGAAUCCAAACCUGUAAAAACGCAUUUUCUUUCUGUACUUUUAACAUGUGUACCUCUCAGUGUCAAUGUGUGUGUUGAUGUGUGUUUACGUAUGAGCUUCUCGUUGCACUUUUGUUAUGAGCUGUACAGAUGUCUUCUUCAUGCUGUCGGUGGUCAUAGGUGACCCUGACUUAGAUUUCGGUCGCGACCACAUUUAGUCGCACUUUAGACGCUAAUAAAGUUUUUUCCUUCAUUUCAUGCGGUUUCUUACAUGAAGAAUAGCACAGUAAUUAUUAAAAAGAAAAGCUCACUAAAAUUCGUGCACAAACACAGAUCAACAAUUGUUUGAACCACAGCAUCA